AUGCGGCUAAAGGGCUUUGUUUGCAGGUUUGCAAAGUUUAUGGUUUAAGAACUUAAUAUGUAUGCAGUGGCAUUUUCGAGCUCGGCACUGCAAGGCCAUACCCUCCAAUGUUUCUCCGGUGAAAAUAGGGACGUCCUAUUCCAUAAGAAUAGAGGGACGCGGGCGGCGCUGUGGGCUAAACCACAGAGCCUAGGGCUUGCUGAUCAGAAGGUCGGCGGUUCGAAUCCCUGCGACGGGGUGAGCUCCUGUUGCUCGGUCCCUGCUCCUGCCAACCUAGCAGUUCGAAAGCACAAAGUGCAAGUAGAUAAAUAGGUACCACUAGGUAAACGGCGUUUCCGUGCGCUGCUCUGGUUCGCUAGAAGCAGCUUAGUCAUGCUGGCCACAUGACCCGGAAGCUGUACGCCGGCUCCCUUGGCCAAUAAAGUGAGAUGAGUGCCGCAACCCCAGAAUCGUCUGCGACUGGAUCAGGGGUCCCUUUACCCUUUAUCUUUAUUCCAUAAUAAUAAUAGUCAUAAUAAUUUAUUAUUUAUACCCCACCCAUCUGACUGGGUUGCCCCGGCCACUCUGGGCAGCUUCCAACAUAUAUAAAAACAUAAUAAAAUUUUAAACAUUUUUUUAAAAAAAACCUGCCCUGUACAGAUGUCUUUUAAAGUUGUAUAGUUACUUAUCUCCUUGGCUCGGGGAUCGCAUGAUUCCAUACCCUCCAACAUUUCUCUGAUGAAAAGAGGGGUGCACUAAGGAAAAGCGGGGCAUUCUGGAAUCAAAACGGCUGGGGACGGCUUCUGUAAAUCUGGGACUGUCCCGGGAAAACAGGGACGCUCGGAGGGUGUGCAAGUUGGGUAAAGAGUUUGUAUGGACACAGGGCUCCAUGUGUGUGGUUCAGAAAAAGAGCCACUAACUUCUCCUGACAAUGACCCCCCUUGGCUAAAGAGUCCUCCGCCAGAAAACUGACCGGCAGCUUGUGCCGUGUGUCUCAGGGAAAAUAAACCGAUUCUCAUCAAAUGCGCUUUGUGCCAAUCACCUCCACUCAUGGUUCGGGUCAAUCAUGGGAUCACAGCCAGGUCUCUACACCCCCUGCCCCCCGCCUCUGUCAGAACCUAUUAGUGCAUGGAGGCCUUAGUAGGGGAUUGGCUUUCGUCCCUCUGGGCUGUGGGUUUGCGUGUCAGAGGAAUCCUCAGAGAUUGUACUAAUUCCAUUUUCUGCCAGAAGGCUUAUGACCCAGAGAUAGGCGUGUGAAACGCAGCCUGUCCCCACAAGGCCUUUUUUUCUUUUUGGGGGCUCUCAGGUGUAUUAGUAUUACCUAGGGGUAUGGGCAGUGAGGUAUGGAGGCAGUGAGAGAUUUUACUUUCUUGGGCUCCAUGAUCACUGCAGAUGGUGACAGCAGUCACAAAAUUAAAAGACGCCUGCUUCUUGGGAGAAAAGCAAUGACAAACCUAGGCAGCAUCUUAAAAAACAGAGACAUCACCUUGCCAACAAAGGUCCAUAUAGUUAAAGCUAUGGUUUUCCCAAUAGUGAUGUAUGGAAGUGAGAGCUGGACCAUAAAGAAGGCUGAUCGCCGAAGAGUUAAUGCUUUUGAAUUAUGGUGCUGGAGGAGACUCUUGAGAGUCCCAUGGACUGCAAGAAGAUCCAACCUCUCCAUUCUGAAGGAAAUCGGCCCUGAGUGCUCAUUGGAAGGACAGAUCCUGAAGCUGAGACUCCAGUACUUUGGCCACCUCAUGAGAAGAGAAGACUCCCUGGAAACAACCCUGAUGUUGGGAAAGAUGGAGGGCGCAAGGAGAAGGGGACGACAGAGGACAAGAUGGUUGGACAGUGUUCUCGAAGCUACCAGCAUGAGUCUGACCAAACUGCGGGAGGCAGUGGAAGGGGUCAUGAACAGUCGGACAUGACUAAACAACUAAACAACAACAGGGGUAUGGGGGCACUCCGGGGCAAGUUAGAUGCCCCUACCAGACCUCCAGGUUUGUCCUGAAGUCUCCAGGUGGUAUCUGGAGGGCUUGAAUGUCCAGGUGGGCACUGCAGGAGUUGGGUGCAAAUUAUAGCAUCCAUACUCUGGGUUUGCCCUCCUCUGCUCCCCUCUCCUAAUAAACUUGUCCGUGGAGCCAGUCCCUGUGACAUCUUGGGGGAGGGGUGUUUCCCUUGACAUCACCAGGGUCCCACCCUAGGUCUCCAGUUUGGGCCUUGAAAUUUCGGGGUCUGGGAUGCUCCACCUACAGACAACAGAUGUCUACACAUUUCUUCCAUUUGGGGUACUCUCAUGAGGACCCUAGUGCAUAUCACCCAUAAAGUGCAUCGGGGGUGGAUGCACAGGGGGGGAAAUCUGCUAGAAAUAAGUCAGAAAUUAGACCGUUUUAACAAAAGAAAAAAAUCUCUAUGGAAAAUUGUGUUGUAAAAUUUGCUGCUCUCUGGUGCCAUCUGGUGGUGCAUGUUUAUAGCGCAUUCAAAGCACUUUUUCUUUACUAAUGUAGCUGAGUCCAUGGUUCCAAAAGUAUUUAAAAUCAUAAUAAUAAUAAUUUGAUGCUUUCUUGCUGCUGCACUGGAAGGAUAAUUAAGUGUAUCAUAUUUUAGACAGUGCUACGUCAAGACUGAAGCUUAACAAUAGCAGCCAGCAUUGUGUUAUUCAUUUGUUCAGUUUGUUAAUCACCUGAUACAGACCAGUCUCUGGGCAGCUUUAAACCAAGUUAGAAGCAUGCAAAGAAUCUAAAACCAUAGCAACCACAAUAAUAAAACACCAUGAGGGUUGUCCUUGGUUAUCGCAGUUUAGAUUAUUUGUUAUUUUUAAUAGUGUAUUGUUAUAUUAAUUUAUACGCACCUCUUUACCCUGGCUUUUGAUGCUUGGGAUAUAUAUUUUAAUGCUUGCAUUUUUAAGUUGUUUGAAACUGUUUAUGAUAUUAUGGAUUGAUUUCUCUGGCCUUUGGUUAACCAGAAUGCACUGAACACCAUAAUUAAGUACUGUACUGUAAGGACCUAGCUCCCCCUCCUGGCCGCUAAAGCAAUAGCAAAUCCAUGCAUGCCAAUAUACCUGAAUGACUGAAGAAAAUAAUUUGCGUGGUGCUAGUUCUGUCUUCUGAGCCAAUCAAAAUGGAAUAACUGAUUGGUUAUGAAUAACAAGAUGGUGGGACAGCAUUCUCGAAGCUGCCAGCAUGAGUUUGACCAAACUGCAGGAGGCAGUGGAAGACAGGAGUGCCUGGCAUGCUCUGGUCCAGGGGGUCACGAAGAGUCGGACACGACUAAACGACUAAACAACAACAAAAAGUUCUGUUUCAAGGGUCAGUUGGCUUUUACUGCUGUUGUCUCAGUCCUGUGUGGAAAAACAUUUUUGUUGUUGUCAAAAAAAAAAAGGUUAUUAAUUGCCAGGCAAGCCUUUAGUUAUUUAUUUAUUUAUUUCAAUCAACCCAUCAAUACAUAACAAUAAAAAAAUCAGUGCAGGCACACAUAAUAAAUGCUUAAACCUGUGCUUCACAUAUUAUACAAGUAUUAAGCACUGGUUUUUUAUUUUUAUUUUAUAAAAGAUUUGCCUAGCAGUUGAGAAGCCACGGAUAGUUCAAUGCUUUUAUUUUCACGUAUAGUUUUGCAUUGACUACUGGCUGAUUUUUUUUUUUAAAAAAAAGCUUGCAGUGGGAAAGCUAUUGAUAAAUCAGCAGUGAGCUUAAUUCAUUUAUUCAUAGAGUUAUUAGUCAUUUUAUUGCUAUGGGGUUGUUGUUUUUUUCUGCCUCCUUUCCCCCCCCUCUUAUGCUAUUGCUUUAUAUAUUUGUGCCAAGGCCCAUUUUCUGAACAUGGGCCAUUGUUGGCUCUUUUAUUUAUCAGGCAGUGUUCUUAGGUGAUUUCCAAUACGCCCUUUUAAAUGUUUAGACUACUAGUGUAAAGCUUUUAAUAUUUGAUGAAUUUUUGUAUUUUAAUGUUUUGCUGGAAGCCGGCCAGAGUGGUUGGAGAAACACAGCCAGAUGGGUGGGGAAGGAAGGAAGGAAGGAAGGAAGGAAGGAAGGAAGGAAUAAAUACAACAACAACAAGAAUGGCAGAUGAAGAUGAUGGAUUUUUCGGAGCUAGCUGACCUAACCGGAAGAGUCCACAACCAGAAGGAGGCGGCGUAUCAGGAAGAGUGGAUUAAAUUUAAUGAUUACUUAAAUACGUUAAGUUAAAUGAACUGAAAACAGCUUGCAGAUACUUAAUUGGCUUAAUUUAUUUAUGUUAGGUGUCGAAUUAAUAUGUUUAAUUUUAUAAUGUGAAGAUCUAAGGAUGUUAAGUUAAAUUUUAUAAGAACUGUGAUUUGGAAAACCGUUAAAAGGACAUGCAAUGAAAUUCAACCAAGGGGAAGCGAGGAAGUCACUUAACAAUGUUAACAAGUGUAAUUUUCAAUAAGGCUACGAUUUAUGUUUGUUUGUCCUAUGUGUUUGUUUGUUUAUAAUGUUGUGAAAACCAAUAAAAUUUUUUUUGAAAAACAAUACCAAAACAACCACCACCACAACUAUUAUUAUUAUUACUAUUAUUAUUACUAUUAUUAUUAUUAUUAUUAUUAUUAUUAUUAUCUUCAAUUGAUUGGGGGGGAACCGAAAAUAGCAGUAAGGAGGCCGUCCCUAUACGGUGAUAACGGGAGAGGAUAAAUUUGGCGCAGGACUUUGACCUCCUCCUCUCCCCGCAGGCCUUUCCCGUUGCCAUGGUUACCAGGACUAGGCCGCAGGCCGGAGAAGCGGGGAGGGGGGAGGAAACACGCGGUUCCGGUUCCGGUUCGCGGCUCCUUCCUGACUCCGGGGGGGCCACCGGCUGAGCCAGCAGCGGGUGAGUGUAGUCCUUGGUGGGGGCGCGCGAGGAAGCGCCUCUCUGCCCCGCUUCCCUUCGGGUCCGCCGUAGGCCGAGCGCAUCCCCGGCCUCUAUUAGGAGCCGCUGCCCCGGGAGGAAGCGCGGGGGGCGGGCUGAAAAAUAAUAAUGUGCCGGUUCCCUCGAAAGAUCCUGUUCCUCUCCCUGUCGCCGUGGAAAUUAUUAUUAUUUUUUUGGGGGGGGUAACCUUCCCCAUUGAGGGGGGUCUGCCCUUAGUUUUUGUUGUUUGCAGUUGACGGGAGAAGUUGGGGCGCUCCGCGUUUUAUUUCAUUUGUUGAAAUAAAAUAUAUUUCAUGCCCCACCUUUUCCUCCGAGGGAGGUCGAGGUGGGGGAAAUUCAUAACCCCCCCCUCCUUUUCCCCGUUUUACCUUCUCACAGCGACCCUGUGAGGUAGAUUAGGUUGAGAGAUGAGUGACUGGCCCAAGGUCACCUCAAAAAGGGGGAGACCCCUCCGCAGUUUCCUCCAAAUUGGUGUGUGUGGGAAGGGCCUCCCUUCAUUAUCCUCCCCUUCGUACAUAAUUUUAUGUUGUUUAUUAUAGUCAGGUAAAUUUGUUUAGGUGGCCCCAAAGAGCCUGGAAGGGGCAACGAAAACAGCUGAGUGUUGUCUCCAGCUUAUUUCUACUCAGAGUAGACCUGUUGUUGGCAUCAAUGGACCUAAGUUAGUCUUGUCUCUUAACUUCAGUGGGUUUGCUCUGACUAGGAAUUAGCAUUGGAUAAUAAUCCUGAUUUUCACAAUUUCAGAAUUGGGCCAUGAACUGAGAAAAUAGCAGAGAAAGACAGUAUUUUCUUUUUUAAAAAAAAAGGUGACUGGAGUUUCAGCACUCUGCAUGGAUCUACUUUGAGAUCUGCCAACUGGACAACCAAAUGAGAAAUUAUUACUUUGGUACAUUUAUUAUUAUAAUAGUUUAUUGAAUUUUGUUGUUUAUCACAUGUAUUGCCUUUUUUUCUUUUUUCAGUAUCUCACAGUUACUUACAGCAAUAAAUAAAUAACAUAGGCAUUUAACACCAGCAUAAAAACAGAGAAAAUUCAUAUUUUUCUAAAGGCAGGACUAAAAAAUCCCACCCACUGAAGGAGGCAGCCGAUAAUAAAAAGCCAAAGGCCUGUGUACCCAUAGAAGACACUUAGAAUUAUUGUUGUUUUAGGUAUGGAUUCAUGAUUUGCCUUUUAUAUGUAUGUCAUUAAAACAGCUAUAAUAGUUUUUAAAACAAUAAAAAGAAACCCCAGAUUUGUAAGAAGACUUAAAAACAAUACAACAGGGGGACCGAAGGCAGAGAGACACCUGGGUGCUGGUGGUCGUCUAACAACUCUCAGCGCCCACUACAAAGUCCAGUUCCCAGGAUUCUUGGGGGGGGGGAGCAAUACCUGUAAAAAAAGCGGUAUGAAAACUUUAAAUGUAUAUUGCAGAUGGGGUCAGAGAGAUUUGAACCAGGACUUUCGUGUGCAUCUAGCACUAACAGUAGUCCCCCAAUAUAUUUUCUUUAUGUUUAGCUGUGAAGUGUCCUUUUAUUAUUAUUUUUAAAAGGUAUCUCUUGGAGAGUCUCUUGUUUGGGCCAGAAGCCGAUGGCCUCCAGUUCCUGGAGUUAGAAACAGCUACACCUAAGAUGGCCAAUCACUUGAAAUUCAUCGCUCGGACAGUGAUGGUGCCCAAUGGCAAUGUGGAGGCUGCCUAUCGAGUCCUCAACAGGUAAAGACAUCCUUUGACCUUGCUGCGCCCCAGGACUGGCUGAAAUGUUUUGAAUCUGCGCUAUGGGGUGAGCUCCCAUUGUUUUGCUCCAGCUCUUGCCAACCUAGCAGUUUGAAAGCAUACCAGAGCGAGUAGAUGAAUAGGUACCACUGUGUUGGGAAGGUAAACGGCGUUUCCGUGCGCUUUGGCAUUUGUCAGUGUUCUGUUGCACCAGAAGCGGUUUAGUCAUGCUGGCCACAUGACCCAGAAAACUGUCUGCGGACAAACGCCAGCUCCCUCAGCCUGAAAGUGAGAUGAACGCCACACUCCAAAGUCAGAUUUGACUGAACUUAACCAUCCAUAGUUCAUUUUCACAAUGUUUCUAUGAGUUGAAUGAGUAGCUUUUGCUUUUAUUUCCUGGUUGUAUUUUGAGCAGCCAUGUGUGACUGCUAGGGCAAAAGCACGUAGGUGACUUGUGUUGUCAAGUUAGGUGGUUUUAUGCAACCUUCGUCAGGAGAAAGGGAAAGUCGUGACUUGUAAUGCUGUCUUGUAAGCAAGCUUUAGUCAACAUGUGGCUGUCAUGCCCUCUGCUGGCUGGAUAUCAUAAAUGGAACUUUUUAAAUGAUGGGCUCAGGCUGCAUGCUUUAAAAAUAUAUAUACAAAUAGCUUGAGUUCUGUUCUUCAGAACCAGCGCCUGCUGCUAUAUGAGUGUUUAGGCUUUUGAGUUGCAAAGUGUGCCUUUACAGGAUUCAAGUGGUACUUAACUUGGUUGCAGAACUUUAUUGGUGUGUGUGUGUGUGUUGCAAUGUCUGCUUAUAAUGUGGAGGAUGGGUGACCAUUCAGCAAAAAUGGGUGCCCAUGGCAUGGUAACCCAAAAGCAUUUUUGUUCUUGGUUAGUGUCUGAUACCAGCUGUGGGUCUGAUGAGGAGAUGGGCUAUGCCCUGUUCGCAUGAAAUAUUACCUGUUUUUGAGAGAGAUUUACUGCAUAAGGCAGCUUCCUCUGUUCCUACAUUGCAUGCAAAUGCAAGGAGGGUUGAGUGAGACAGGGAGAGAAUGAGAGGGCUCGGAAAGGACUAAGGACUAGAUGCUUGAGGCUGCAGGAAUGUGUUGCAACACCUGUCUUCAACUGGCGGACCUGCAACUGCGUUGUGGCCUGACCCAUGCAAAUAUUUAGUAAAAGAUUAAGAAACGAGUUCCCAAAUGCAUGUUUGGGUUAAAAGAGGGCCCUGAGCUUCAAAGGUUGAAGAUACCUGUGUUAAGAUAUAUGUGCCGGCUGCGAAAACAAAAUUGUCCAAUGGACAGAACUGCAUAGGCUAUAAAACCUAAAGGCCUUUACGUCCAAAUUGCUUGGGGAUGGGGGCCUGCCACAUUCUGCUGGAAGUUUGGGUGGCAAUGUGGGGCCAGGAAGGAGAAGGCAGAAAGUUGCAAGGACUCCAGACACGGCAGCCUCUUGGCAGGCUGAGAAAACAAUCGUUCCUGGCCUCCCUGAUACCUGCGAUGCAUCAGGGAGCUUUCCUCAGGGAGCGGGGAUAAUUGCAGGGUCAGAGCAAAUUGCUUCCUGGUUGCGGGGGAAGCGAUUUCCCCUCCGAUAGCUCGCCUGCCUCUCUCUGCAUUUUUCUCAGGCUUCCAGUGAAGGGUUUAAAAAUAGCUAGAAGUACAGUUGCUGCGCCCUCUGCAUGUUUCCUUCAGAUGCCUGUGUCGCCAGCUAGCCAAACAUGUGUCUUCCCUCACAGUCCCAGCCCAUGAGACUAGGAGCAAGGAUGUGCACGAGGUUGCAUAAGCCCAUUCUGAGAAACCUCUGGCCUUGGGAUUGGCUGGCCCGCUGGGUGGAGGGGGCCACCGAGCUCCCUCUCGUUGGGUGCCGGGUGCUGGUGGGCGGAGCUUGGAGCUCAUUCAGGAUUAUUUUUCAUCCAACCCUGACAGGCUGGCACUCCCAGGCCAUGUGAAUGCAAAGCGAGGCAGAUCAAGCCAGAAUUGUUUUUAAACUCUCAUAAAGAGAAAAUUGGCAUUUAUAUUUUUUGUAUUGUUUUGUUUUUAAAGCUGUCUGGGCUGCUGCUUCUGUAGCGCAGAAAUAAAUUGCAGAUUUCAUCUUACAAUUCAUGCCUGGGAGAGUUGCCGUUGAAUAGUUUUUGGGGUCUCAUGGGUCCUUGCAAUGAUUGGCAGAUAUCUUUGUCUCAGCUACCUUACAGCCCUGUAAGGUAGGCUGAUAUUAUCCUCAUCCUGCAAAGCAGAGAGAGCUGAUUUUGUGACGGGGGAAUGACUUGCUGGCUAAGUGAGAUUCGAAUCUGGAGGGCUCUCUCUGAGCCACUAUCCAGCUUCCAUUUGUCAACCUCUCAGGGUCGGUUAGCUACAAAGGUGUUCAGUACUAUAUAUGGCUUUCCAUAAUUGCAGCCUCACCUCCUAAUUCUCCUUCUCACCCGCCAGCCUAUUGCAAUGCAUUGGGUCUCCAGCUUUUUUUGGUGGGGGCUGUUUUUAUUUUAUUUUACAGCCUUCCUGCGAGUCCCUAGAUCGCCUUGCCUGAAUCUCAGGUUUGGAACCAGGAUGGAGGGGGGACCCUUGCCCCAAUAAGAUGUCCUUUUGCCAAAAUUAUGAUAGCCCUAAUUGAUAUUAGAGAAUUUUUGGUGGCGUAGAUAUUUUGCAAGUCAUGAUGAUGAUGAUGAUUAAAGAUUCAGUUUAUCACCCGUCCUUCACCAUCAGGUCCCAGGGUGGGAUCCAGCAAUUUAAAAUUCAAAACUACAAGCUGUUCAAACAAAUUACAGUCACGGAAUUAGGGUGGCUCCUGAAAAUACAUAUCUCAAGUGUCAAAGGUUGGGGUGAAAAGGUGUGUCUUCAGCACGAUCAUCAUGUUUUUAUGGCAUUUCCUCUAAAGUGCUUCAGCAUAAAAAAAGAAAAGGAGGAGGAGGGUGGUUAUUUUAGUUCUGUAUUUUUAGAGUGGGAGUUGGAUACAGCUGGCAGCUAUCAGCUUUUCUGUAUUUGGCACAGAGGAAGAUGGUGGGUUGCUAUCCUGAAUUUGACCCUGUUCUUCUUUUUGUUCUCUGCUCAGGGUCCUGACUAUGGACGGGAUCAUUGACAGGAGCAAGCGCCAACGGUAUUAUGAGAAGCCCUGCCGCAAGAGGCAGCGGGAGGCGUACGAAACGUGCCGGAGGAUCUAUAACACGGAAAUGGCUCGAAAGAUCAACUUCCUCAUGCGGAAGAACCGCUCAGACCCCUGGCUCGGUUGCUGA